AUGAGCCUCUCCCGCCUUCUCCUCCUCCUCGCCGCCGCCGCCGUGGCGCUGCUACAGUACCCGGCGGCCGGAGCCGGGGAAGACGAGUACGGCUACGUCCCCGGCACGCCGACGGGCCCGGAGAACUGGGGCAGGCUGAAGCCGGAGUGGGCCACCUGCAGCACCGGCAGGAUGCAGUCGCCGAUCAACCUCGGCCUCCUCGACCUCGUCACGCUGGCGCCGCGCCUCGGCUACCUCAACUACACCUACCAGAACGCCAACGCCUCCGUCGUCAACCGCGGCCACGAUAUCAUGGUCAGGUUCGACGGCGACGCCGGCAGCCUGCUCAUCAACGGCUCGACGUACCAUCUCAGGCAGCUGCACUGGCACACGCCGUCGGAGCACACCAUCGACGGCCGGAGGUACGACAUGGAGCUUCACAUGGUGCACCUCAACGCCCAGAACCAGGCGGCCGUCAUCGGCAUCCUCUACGUCCUCGGCAACCCGGACUCCUUGCUGGAAGAGUUGCGACAAUACAUUAUUAGAGUAACAAACCAGAAAGACAAAGAGGUGGUGGUCACCGGUGGGGUGGAUCCAAACGUAGCCAAGGGGCAGGAUACAGUGUACUACCGCUACAUGGGCUCAUUCACCACACCACCUUGCACUGAGGGUGUCAUUUGGACCAUUGUCAGGAAGGUGCACACCGUGUCACUGUCCCAACUCGCACUUCUCAAGGCAGCUGUGCUCGCCGGUUACGAGAACAACGCGAGGCCUCUUCAGGACGUGAACAAUAGGGAGAUCGACCUGUUCGUUCCUCUCCCUCUAAUCAACACUUGAACAGCAACAUACACAUGGAGAGUCGGCUGCAGAUAUAUAAAUAUGUAGAAUUAAUAAAUUAAGUUGAAGCUACAGC